UCGGGCUCCCGAGGAUCUUCUGGGCCCCAUAUUAAUGAGGCAGCCACCUGGCGAGUCUGACAUGGCUGUCAACGACGCGCUGCUCCAGUCCUUCUCCACGUUCGUGUCCUGCCCGGCGGGAAGGAAGAAGACACUGCGUCCGGCAGGUGCCCCGAAUAACCGCUGGCGGGAGGAGCUCUCUCACAUGGAGCGACCUAAUCCAGGGCUUCCCGGCCGCCCCUACGACCUGGCGGCGGCGACCGUGGCCACGGACCUGGACGGUAGCGCGGGCGCGGCGUGCAGCGCUGGCUACGCAGCCCACCUACCCCGCAGAGAGUUGGAGGGGUUCAACGACCCUCUGGACCCAGAGUUCAUUCUCUCCAACUCAUUGUCGCACCAGGAGUCCGUGGCCGCCACCUUCUGCUCCUGGGCGGCAGCCUCGUCCUCGUCCUUCCCGUCGAGCAGCGGCCCGGCCAGCGCGCCCUCCACCUGCAGCUUUAGCUACCCCAUGCGGGCCGGGGGCGACACGGGCGUGGCUCCGGGCGGUACCGGAGGCGGCCUGCUGUACGGCCCGGAGUGUGCGCUCCCUCCCGCGGCGCCCUUCAACCUGGCGGAUAUCAACGACGUGAGCCCUUCGGGGGGCUUCUUGGCCGAACUCCUGGGGCCUGAGUCGGACCCGGCGUACAUUCCACCACAGCAGCCGCCGCCAGGUGGCAGGCUGAUGGGCAAGUUUGUGCUGAAGGCGUCGCUGAGCCCCCCGGGAAGCGAGUACGGCAGUCCUUCGGUCAUCAGUGUUAGCAAAGGCAGCCCGGAUGGCAGCCACCCGGUGGUGGUGGCGCCCUACAACGGCGGGCCGUCGUGCAUGUGCCCUAAGAUCAAGCAGGAGGCGGUGUCGUCCUGCACCGUCGGCCGGCCCCUGGAGGCCCACUUGGGCGCUGGACCGCCGCUCAGCCACGGGCACUGGCCCAGCGCACACGACUUCUCCCUGGGGCAGCAGCUCCCGACCCUGGGUCCCGAGGAACUGCUGAGCACCAGGGACUGUCACCCUGCCUUGCCGCUUCCUCCUGUCUUCCAUCCCCAUCCGGGACCCAACUACCCACCCUUUCUGCCCGACCAAAUGCAGCCGCAGGUCCCACCGAUUCACUACCAAGAACUCAUGCCACCUGGUUCCUGCCUGCCAGAAGAUCCCCAGCCAAAGACGGGAAGAAGGUUGUGGCCCCGGAAAAGGAAGGCCAUCCACGCUUGCCAUUAUGCCGACUGCGGCAGAAUCUAUACAAAGAGCUCUCAUCUCAAGACACACCUGCGAACCCACACAGGUGAGAAACCGUUCCACUGUGACUGGGACGGCUGUGAGUGGAAGUUUGCCCGCUCAGAUGAACUGACCAGGCACUACCACAAGCACACGGGGCACCGCCCCCUGCAGUGCCAGAAGUGCGGCCGGGCCUUUUCCAGGUCGGACCACCUCGCCUUACACACGAAGAGGCACUUUAAAACCUCAAAGAAGGGCUGGGGAGAAGGGGAGGCGUAA